AUGUCGGAAAUCAAAUCCAUCGCCCCUGUGGUAGUCUCAGGCACCACCUCCGAUGCGGACAAAAACGCCAAAGACACUGCCCCAGUGAUCGUUACAAACAGUGUCCCCGAAAACCCGCGCUCCCGGUGGCGGAAGAUUGUCGGUCUCGUAUGGGACUCUGUUGAGGGAGACCCCGAGUAUCGGAAAUAUGUUCAAAGACUCGAUACAUUCUUCUUCCCUACGGUUUGUUUUGGCUACUUCAUAAAGUACCUUGACCAGACAAACUACAGCAAUGCUUUCAUCAGCGGCAUGCAGACAGAUCUCGGUCUGUACAGAAAUGAGCGUAACUGGCUGAAUACUUGGUUCAGCCUGGGUAUUAUGGUCGGCAGUGUUCCAGCCCAAAUGUCACAACUCAGCUUCAUUCGCCCCUCGGUUCUCAUUCCAUCGUGCGAGGUCAUCUGGUCGCUACUGGUUAUCGGCAUGGGGUUUGCCAAGAAUAUCAAGACGAUGUACGCCUUACGGUUUUUCAUCGGUCUCUUCGAGGCUUGUGCCUUCCCUGGAUAUAUCGCCAUGCUCGGUGGCUGGUACGGUCCGAAGGAGCUGACCAAACGGUUAGCCAUCCUUCUCCAGGUUGAGUCUAUUGCGAGUAUGUUCAGCGGAUACUUGCAAGCAGGGCUGUAUUCAAGCAUGGAUGGACGCCAUGGAAUUGCCGGCUGGAGGUGGCUGUUUAUCAUGGACGCAAUCAUCUCGCUUCCAAUUGCUUUUUGGGGCUUCUUCGGAUUGCCUGACCUGCCGCAUAACACGAAAGCCUUUUACUGGUCAGCUGAGCAUGUCAAAUAUGGCAUCGAUAGGAUUGAGAAACUUGGUCAAAAGGCUCAGCAAAAGCUGACGUGGAAGGAAGCCAAGCGGAUCUACCUGGGCUGGGAGAUCUGGGUCUUUAUUGUGCCGUACACCAUGGUAGCAGCCUGUCACACGGCUACAAGCUACUUUAAUCUCUGGCUAAAAUCUGCCGGCUACAGUGUUGUAGAUGCAAACAUCUACCCGACCGGUGGUAGUGCUCUGAACAUCGUUGCCACAGUCAUUUGGGGUAUCAUCGCGGACAGAACAGGGGAAAACUACGUGAUGAUCGUCAUAGUUCAGGCUUUGAUGAUCCUGUCCAACAUCUUGCUUUCCGUUUGGUACAUCCCCAAAGGUGCAUUGAUGUUUGCAUACUAUCUUUCGUAUGCUGGAUCAGCCGCAACUCCUGUGCUCAUCAGCUGGGCCAAUAGGCUAAAUGCAGGCGAUCCUAGUCUCAGACAACUGCUCGUGGCCACUGCUAACGUCGUUUCCUAUGCCUGGGUUCUUUGGGUACCAUUGGUUCUAUUCCCGACGUAUGAUGCACCGAAGUACAAGUACGGUUAUCAAAUUCUCAUCCUUUUCGGCGGUCUCGCAAUCAUUAGCGUCACGCUCAUGUGGUACAUGUAUAGGCGAAGAGAGUAAGUUUGCUCAGGUCCCACGACAACCUCUAAUAAAGCGUAUAAGCUAAAUAGUGUCAACAGUCAGAAGCUCACUCAGCAGAACAACCAAGGCACUGAAGGGGGCUCAGAGAGGUCAGAUGAGCUGUAGUGUAAAGUUUCAUGUUCGGAUCGCACAGCUUUUGUGUGGUUACCGCCGGGUCAACCCAUUGCAAAGAGGACUCUGGGAUUGAACUGCCCGAAGUCAUAGCUCGAAUUGAUUUCUAUCGAAUUAGGGUAUUUCAAAGCGUGAACCCACGAUAGUAUUGAGACUGAUACUUCAGGAGUCGAACCUCAUGUGAAC